GGAACGACAGGUCUCAGGCCCCCAGGCGGGGCGGCGGGCACCGAGUCACCAGGCACAACCGUGGGCUCCGAGUCAACUGGGAUGACCGCUGGCACUGGGUCAGACAUUGGAUCGUCUGGCUGGACAGCGGGCAUCGGGUCACCAGGCAUCAGGUCAUUUGGCUCGACAGCGGGCACCGCGUCAUCUGGCAAGGCAGUGGGCUCCGAGUCAACAGGCACGACAGUGAGCACCGGGUCAUUUGGCUCGACAGCGGGCACCGGAUCAGGUACCGGAUCAUCUGGAUCAACAGCGGGCAUCGAGUCAACUGGCCUAAUAGGAUCGUCAGGCUGGAUCAGUUCAUCAUGCUGUGUAGAGGCAUCAGGCUGAAUGCCGGCGUCCGGCUGAGUAGAGGCUUCAGGCCGAGUAGAGGCUUCAGGCCGAGUAGAGGCUUCAGGCCGAGUAGAGGCAUCAGGCCGAGUAGAGGCAUCAGGCCGAGUAGAGGCUUCAGGCCGAGUAGAGGCUUCAGGCCGAGUAGAGGCAUC